AAGUACACACAGAAACAGCAGACAAGGCAGGUCAGACAGAUAAAGGUUCAGUAACAGUAGUGCAAGUACACACAGAAUCAGCAGACAAGGCAGGUCAGACAGAUAAAGGUUCAGUAACAGUAGUGCAAGUACACACAGAUUCAGCAGACAAGGCAGGUUAGGCAGAUAAAGGUUCAGUAACAGUAGUGCAAGUACACACAUAAUCAGCAGACAAGACAGGUCAGACAGAUAAAGGUUCAGUAACAGUAGUGCAAGUACACACAGAAUCAGCAGACAAGGCAGGUAAGACAGAUAAACGUUCAGUAACAGUAGUGCAAGUACACACAGAAUCAGCAGACAAGGCAGGUCAGACAGAUAAAGGUUCAGUAACAGUAGUGCAAGUACACACAGUAUCAGCAGACAAGGCAGGUCAGACAGAUAAAGGUUCAGUAAUAGUAGUACAAGUACACACAGAAUCAGCAGACAAGGCAGGUCAGACAGAUAAAGGUUCAGUAACAGUAGUGCAAGUACACACAGAAUCAGCAGACAAGGCAGGUCAGACAGAUAAAGGUUCAGUAACAGUAGUGCAAGUACACACAGAAUCAGCAGACAAGGCAGGUCAGACAGAUAAAGGUUCAGUAACAGUAGUGUAAGUACAAACAGAAUCAGCAGACAAGGCAGGUCAGACAGAUAAAGGUUCAGUAACAGUAGUGCAAGUACACACUGAAUCAACAGACAAGGCAGGUCAGACAGAUAAAGGUUCAGUAACAGUAGUGCAAGUACACACAGAAUCAGCAGACAAGGCAGGUCAGGCAGAUAAAGGUUCCGUAACAGUAGUGCAAGUACACACAGAAUCAGCAGAUAAGGCAGGUCAGACAGAUAAAGGUUCAGUAAUAGUAGUGCAAGUACACACAUAAUCAGCAGACAAGGCAGAUAAAGGUUCAGUAUCAGUAGUGCAAGUACACACAGAUUCAGCAGACAAGGCAGGUUAGGCAGAUAGAGGUUCAGUAACAGUAGUGCAAGUACACACAGUAUCAGCAGACAAGGCAGGUCAGACAGAUAAAGGUUUAGUAACAGUAGUGCAAGUACACACAGAAUCAGCAGACAAGGCAGGUCAGACAGAUAAAGUUCAGUAACAGUAGUGCAAGUACACACAGAAUCAGCAGACAAGGCAGGUCAGACAGAUAAAGGUUCAGUAACAGUAGUGCAAGUACACACAAAAUCAGCAGACAAGGCAGGUCAGGCAGAUAAAUGUUCAGUAACAGUAGUGCAAGUACACACAGAAUCAGCAGACAAGGCAGGUCAGGCAGAUAAAGGUUCAGUAACAGUAGUGCAAGUACACACAAAAUCAGCAGACAAGGCAGGUCAGGCAGAUAAAUGUUCAGUAACAGUAGUGCAAGUACACACAGAGUCAGCAGACAAGGCAGGUCAGACAUAUAAAGGUUCAGUAACAGUAGUGCAAGUACACACAGAAUCAGCAGACAAGGCAGAUCAGACAGAUAAAGAUUCAGUAACAGUAGUGCAUGUACACACAUAAUCAGCAGACAAGGCAGGUCAGACAGAUAAAGGUUCAGUAACAGUAGUGCAAGUACACACAUAAUCAGCAGACAAGGCAGGUCAGAUAGAUAAAGGUUCAGUAACAGUAGUGCAUGUACACACAUAAUCAGCAGACAAGGCAGGUCAGACAGAUAAAGGUUCAGUAACAGUAGUGCAAGUACACACAGAAUCAGCAGACAAGGCAGGUCAGGCAGAUAAAGGUUCAGUAACAGUAGUGCAAGUACACACAGAAUCAGCAGACAAGGCAGGUCAGACAGAUAAAGGUUCAGUAACAGUAGUGCAAGUACACACAGAAUCAGCAGACAAGGCAGGUCAGGCAGAUAAAGGUUCAGUAACAGUAGUGCAAGUACACACAGAAUCAGCAGACACGGCAGGUCAGACAGAUAAAGGUUCAGGAACAGUAGUGCAAGUACACACACAAUCAGCAGACAAGGCAGGUCAGGCAGACAAAGGUUCAGUAACAGUAGUGCAAGUACACACAUAAUCAGCAGACAAGGCAGGUCAGGCAGAUAAAGGUUCAGUAACAGUAGUGCAAGUACACACAGAAUCAGCAGACAAGGCAGGUUAGACAGAUAAAGGUUCAGUAACAGUAGUGCAAGUACACACAGAAUCAGCAGACAAGGCAGGUCAGACAGAUAAAGAUUCAGUAACAGUAGUGCAUCUACACACAGAAUCAGCAGACAAGGCAGGUCAGACAGAUAAAGGUUCAGUAACAGUAGUGCAAGUACACACAGAAUCAGCAGACAAGGCAGGUCAGGCAGAUAAAGGUUCAGUAACAGUAGUGCAAGUACACACAGAAUCAGCAGACAAGGCAGGUCAGGCAGAUAAAGGUUCAGUAACAGUAGUGCAAGUACACACAGAAUCAGCAGACAAGGCAGGUCAGACAGAUAAAGGUUCAGUAACAGUAGUGCAAGUACACACAGAAUCAGCAGACAAGGCAGGUCAGGCAAAUAAAGGUUCAGUAACAGUAGUGCAAGUACACACACAAUCAGCAGACAAGGCAGGUCAGGCAGACAAAGGUUCAGUAACAGUAGUGCAAGUACACACAGAAUCAGCAGACAAGGCAGGUCAGACAGAUAAAGGUUCAUUAACAGUAGUGCAAGUACACACAGAAUCAGCAGACAAGGCAGGUCAGACAGAUAAAGGUUCAGUAACAGUAGUGCAAGUACACACAUAAUCAGCAGACAAGGCAGGUCAGACAGAUAAAGGUUCAGUAACAGUAAUGCAAGUACAGACAGAAUCAACAGACAAGGCAGGUCAGACAGAUAAAGGAUCAGUAACAGUAGUGCAAGUACACACAUAAUCAGCAGACAAGGCAGGUCAGACAGAUAAAGGUUCAGUAACAGUAAUGCAUGUACAGACAGAAUCAACAAACAAGGCAGGUCAGACAGAUAAAGGUUCAGUAACAGUAGUGCAAGUACACACAGAAUCAGCAGACAAGGCAGGUCAGACAGAUAAAGGUUCAGUAACAGUAAUGCAAGUACAGACAGAAUCAGCAGACAAGGCAGGUCAGACAGAUAAAGGAUCAGUAACAGCAGUGCAAGUACACACAGAAUCAGCAGACAAGGCAGGUCAGGCAGAUAAAGGUUCAGUAACAGUAGUGCAAGUACACACAGAAUCAGCAGACAAGGCAGGUCAGACAGAUAAAGGUUCAGUAACAGUAGUGCAAGUACACACAGAAUCAACAGACAAGGCAGGUCAGACAGAUAAAGGUUCAGUAACAGUAGUGCAAGUACACACAGAAUCAGCAGACAAGGCAGGUCAGACAGAUAAAGGAUCAGUAACAGUAGUGCAUGUACACACAGAAUCAGCAGACAAGGCAGGUCAGACAGAUAAAGGUUCAGUAACAGUAGUGCAAGUACACACUGAAUCAGCAGACAAGGCAGGUCAGGCAGAUAAAGGUUCAGUAACAGUAGUGCAAGUACACACAGAAUCAGCAGACAAGGCAGGUCAGACAGAUAAAGGUUCAGUAACAGUAGUGCAAGUACACACAGAAUCAGCAGACAAGGCAGGUCAGACAGAUAAAGGUUCAGUAACAGUAGUGCAAGUACACACAGAAUCAGCAGACAAGGCAGGUCAGGCAGAUAAAGGUUCAGUAACAGUAGUGCAAGUACUCACAGAAUCAGCAGACAAGGCAGGUCAGACAGAUAAAGGUUCAGUAACAGUAGUGCAAGUACACACAGAAUCAGCAGACAAGGCAGGUCAGACAGAUAAAGGUUCAGUAACAGUAGCGCAAGUACACACAGAAUCAGCAGACACGGCAGGUCAGACAGAUAAAGGUUCAGUAACAGUAGUGCAAGUACACACAGAAUCAGCAGACAAGGCAGGUCAGACAGAUAAAGAUCCAGUAACAGCAGUGCAAGUACACACAGAAUCAGCAGACAAGGCACGUCAGACAGAUAAAGGUUCAGUAACAGUAGUGCAAGUACACACAGAAUCAGCAGACAAGGCAGGUCAGACAGAUAAAGGUUCAGUAACAGUAGCGCAAGUACACACAGAAUCAGCAGACACGGCAGGUCAGACAGAUAAAGGUUCAGUAACAGUAGUGCAAGUACACACAGAAUCAGCAGACAAGGCAGGUCAGACAGAUAAAGAUUCAGUAACAGCAGUGCAAGUACACACAGAAUCAGCAGACAAGGCACGUCAGACAGAUAAAGGUUCACUAACAGUAGUGCAAGUACACACAGUAUCAGCAGACAAGGCAGGUCAAACAGAUAAAGGUUCAGUAACAGCAGUGCAAGUACACACAGAAUCAGUAGACAAGGUAGGUCAGACAGAUAAAGGUUCAGUAACAGUAGUGUAAGUACAAACAGAAUCAGCAGACAAGGCAGGUCAGACAGAUAAAGGUUCAGUAACAGUAGUGCAAGUACACACAGAAUCAGCAGACAAGGCAGGUCAGACAGAUAAUGGUUCAGUAACAGUAGUGCAAGUACACACAGUAUCAGCAGACAAGGCAGGUCAGGCAGAUAAAGGUUCAGUAACAGUAAUGCAAGUACACACAGAAUCAGCAGACAAGGCAGGUCAGACAGAUAAAGGUUCAGUAACAGUAGUGCAAGUACACACAGAAUCAGCAGACAAGGCAGGUCAGACAGAUAAAGGUACAGUAACAGUAGUGCAAGUACACACAGAAUCAGCAGACAAGGCAGGUCAGACAGAUAAAGAUUCAGUAACAGUAGUGCAAGUACACACAGAAUCAGCAGACACGGCAGGUCAGACAGAUAAAGGUUCAGUAACAGUAGUGCAAGUACACACAGAAUCAGCAGACAAGGCAGGUCAGGCAAAUAAAGGUUCAGGAACAGUAGUGCAAGUACACACACAAUCAGCAGACAAGGCAGGUCAGGCAGACAAAGGUUCAGUAACAGUAGUGCAAGUACACACAUAAUCAGCAGACAAGGCAGGUCAGGCAGAUAAAGGUUCCGUAACAGUAGUGCAAGUACACACAGAAUCAGCAGACAAGGCAGGUUAGACAGAUAAAGGUUCAGUAACAUUAGUGCAAGUACACACAGAAUCAGCAGACAAGGCAGGUCAGACAGAUAAAGAUUCAGUAACAGUAGUGCAUGUACACACAGAAUCAGCAGACAAGGCAGGUCAGACAGAUAAAGGUUCAGUAACAUUAGUGCUAGUACACACAGAAUCAGCAGACAAGGCAGGUCAGACAGAUAAAGGUUCAGUAACAGUAGUGCAAGUACACACAGAAUCAGCAGAUAAGCAGGUCAGGCAGAUAAAGGUUCAGUAACAGUAGUGCAAGUACACACAGAAUCAGCAGACAAGGGAGGUCAGACAGAUAAAGGUUCAGUAACAGUAGUGCAAGUACACACUGAAUCAGCAGACAAGGCAGGUCAGGCAGAUAAAGGUUCAGUAACAGUAGUGCAAGUACACACAGAAUCAGCAGACAAGGCAGGUCAGACAGAUAAAGGUUCAGUAACAGUAGUGCAAGUACACACAGAAUCAGCAGACAAUGCAGGUCAGACAGAUAAAGGUUCAGUAACAGUAGUGCAAGUACACACAGAAUCAGCAGACAAGACAGGUCAGACAGAUAAAGGUUCAUUAACAGUAGUGCAAGUACACACAGUAUCAGCAGACAAGGCAGGUCAGGCAAAUAAAGGUUCUGUAACAGUAGUGCAGGUACACACACAAUCAGCAGACAAGGCAGGUCAGGCAGACAAAGGUUCAGUAACAGUAGUGCAAGUACACACAGAAUCAGCAGACAAGGCAGGUCAGACAGAUAAAGGUUCAGUAACAGUAGUGCAAGUACACACAGAAUCAGCAGACAAGGCAGGUCAGACAGAUAAAGGUUCAGUAACAGUAGUGCAAGUACACACAUAAUCAGCAGACAAGGCAGGUCAGACAGAUAAAGGUUCAGUAACAGUAAUGUAAGUACAGACAGAAUCAACAGACAAGGCAGGUCAGACAGAUAAAGGAUCAGUAACAGUAGUGCAAGUACACACAGAAUCAGCAGACAAGGCAGGUCAGGCAGAUAAAGGUUCAGUAACAGUAGUGCAAGUACACACAGAAUCAGCAGACAAGGCAGGUCAGGCAGAUAAAGGUUCAGUAACAGUAGUGCAAGUACACACAGAAUCAGCAGACAAGGCAGGUCAGGCAGAUAAAGGUUCAGUAACAGUAGUGCAAGUACACACAGAAUCAGCAGACAAGGCAGGUCAGACAGAUAAAGGUUCAGUAACAGUAAUGCAAGUACAGACAGAAUCAGCAGACAAGGCAGGUCAGACAGAUAAAGGAUCAGUAACAGCAGUGCAAGUACACACAGAAUCAGUAGACAAGGCAGGUCAGGCAGAUAAAGGUUCAGUAACAGUAGUGCAAGUACACACAGAAUCAGCAGACAAGGCAGGUUAGACAGAUAAAGGUUCAGUAACAUUAGUGCAAGUACACACAGAAUCAGCAGACAAGGCAGGUCAGACAGAUAAAGGUUCAGUAACAGCAGUGCAAGUACACACAGAAUCAGCAGACAAGGCAGGUCAGACAGAUAAAGGUUCAGUAACAGUAGUGCAAGUACACACAGAAUCAGCAGACAAGGCAGGUCAGACAGAUAAAGGUUCAUUAACAGUAGUGCAAGUACACACAGAAUCAGCAGACAAGGCAGGUCAGACAGAUAAAGGUUCAGUAACAGUAGUGCAAGUACACACAGAAUCAGCAGACAAGGCAGGUCAGACAGAUAAAGGUUCAGUAACAGUAGUGCAAGUACACACAGAAUCAGCAGACAAGGCAGGUCAGACAGAUAAAGGUUCAGUAACAGUAGUGCAUGUACACACAGAAUCAGCAGACAAGGCAGGUCAGACAGAUAAAGGUUCAGUAACAGUAGUGCAAGUACACACUGAAUCAGCAGACAAGGCAGGUCAGGCAGAUAAAGGUUCAGUAACAGUAGUGCAAGUACACACAGAAUCAGCAGACAAGGCAGGUCAGGCAGAUAAAGGUUCAGUAACAGUAGUGCAAGUGCACACAGAAUCAGCAGACAAGGCAGUUCAGGCAGAUAAUGGUUCAGUAACAGUUGUGCAAGUACACACAGAAUCAGCAGACAAGGCAGGUCAGACAGAUAAAGGUUCAGUAACAGUAAUGCAAGUACACACAGAAUCAGCAGACAAGGCAGGUCAGGCACAUAAAGAUUCAGUAACAAUAGUGCAAGUACACACAGAAUCAGUAGACAAGGCAGGUCAGGCCGAUAAAGGUUCAAUAACAGUAGUGCAAGUACACACAGAAUCAGUAGGCAAGGUAGGUCAGACAGAUAAAGGUUCAGUUACAGUAGUGCAAGUACACACAGAAUCAGCAGACAAGGCAGGUCAGGCACAUAAAGAUUCAGUAACAAUAGUGCAAGUACACACAGAAUCAGUAGACAAGGCAGGUCAGGCUGAUAAAGGUUCAGUAACAGUCGUGCAAGUACACACAGAAUCAGCAGACAAGGCAGGUCAGACAGAUAAAGGCUCAGUAACAGUAGUGCAAGUACACACAGAAUCAGCAGACAAGGCAGGUCAGACAGAUAAAGGUUCAGUAACAGUAGUGCAAGUGCACACAGAAUCAGCAGACAAGGCAGUUCAGGCAGAUAAUGGUUCAGUAACAGUAGUGCAAGUACACACAGAAUCAGCAGACAAGGCAGGUCAGACAGAUAAAGGUUCAGUAACAGUAAUGCAAGUGCACACAGAAUCAGCAGACAAGGCAGGUUAGGCAGAUAAAGGUUCAGUAACAGUUCUGCAGCGUACAAUUUGUUUGCUGUAUAGCAUUGUGGUAUUUUCAUUGCAGUAGAAUAUUGAAUACAUUGUAUGGAAGCUCCGGUUAUUUUAUGAUUUAUUUUUUUUCAAAGCCAUUACAAUAAUGACUAAUAAUAACUACUGAAUUUAUUUAAAACCCACUUAUGUUUGUGAUAUUUUUGGGUUUUGUUUUCCUUCUGAUAAUUUAAAUGCUAAAAGGUUGUGCGUUAUAGCCUUGCAAAAUGUUACAGAAGAAAAUCAUACGGCUAGAUUUAGAGUUCUGCGGCCAAAGGGGUGCGUUAGCUACGCGUGUUUUUUUCCCCCCGCAUCUUUUAAAUACCGCUGGUAUUUAGAGUUCACAGAAGGGCUGCGUUAGGCUCCAAAAAGGGAGCGUAGAGCAUAAUUUACCGCCACUGCAACUCUCAAUACCAGCGGUGCUUACGGACGCGGCCAGCUUAAAAAACGUGCUUGUGCAUGAUUCCCCCAUAGGAAACAAUGGGACAGUUUGAGCUGAAAAAAAAAAAGCAGUGUUCAGCUCCUAACGCAGCCCCAUUCUUUCCUAUGGGGAAACACUUCCUAUGUCUGCACCUAACACCCUAACAUGUACCCCGAGUCUAAACACCCCUAACCUUACACUUAUUAACCCCUAAUCUGCCGCCCCCGCUAUCGCUGAUCCCUGCAUAUUAUUUUUAACCCCUAAUCUGCUGCUCCGUACACCGCCGCAACCUACGUUAUCCCUAUGUACCCUUAAUCUGCUGCCCCUAACACCGCCGACCCCUAUAAUAUAUUUAGUAACCCUUAAUCUGCCGCCCCCAACGUCGCCGCCACCUACCUACAAUUAUUAACCCCUAAUCUGCCGACCGGAC